CGACACUGUAUUUUGACAAUACAAUAAUUACAAAUUCUCCGUGACUUUAAAGUUAACAAAAUGUUACAAAUUAACAGCAUAAAAUGACUUUACGAAUAAAUCCCGUAACCUUAAAAUUACUCACCCAAAAUUAGGAGCACAAGUAUGUUGUUUUCUCGCUAGUUAAGAGUUUAAAGUGCAAUGCCAACGCCAGCGGUGGGCAUAGACCUUGGCACCACCUUCUCCUGCGUGGCAGUCUUCCAGCAUGGCAAAGUGGAGAUUAUUACUAACGAUCAGGGAAACAGGAUCACACCAUCCUACGUCGCAUUCACUGAUACCGAACGGUUAAUCGGUGAAUCUGCUAUGAAUCAGAUUGCUAUGAAUCCGAAAAAUACUAUCUUUGAUGCGAAACGAAUGAUCGGAAGAAAGUUUAAUGAUCCUAAACUUCAACAAGACAUUAAACAUUGGCCAUUCGAAGUUGUAUCGGAUAAUGGGAAGCCGGGAAUUGUGGUCCAAUACAAGAAAGAACGUAAAAAGUUUACGCCUGAAGAAAUUUCCUCCAUGAUUCUAAGCAAAAUGAAACAAACAGCUGAAAUGUAUCUCGGAGGUACUGUCACUGAUGCGGUUAUUACUGUACCGGCAUAUUUUAACGACUCUCAACGACAAGCGACUAAAGACGCAGGAGCGAUUACUGGAUUGAAUGUUCUUAGAAUUAUUAACGAACCAACAGCCGCCGCUCUCGCUUAUGGCUUAGACAAAGAUUUAAAAGGUGAGAAGAAUGUACUAAUAUUUGACCUUGGCGGUGGUACUUUCGACGUUUCGAUACUUCAGAUUUCAGAAGGAUCAUUGUUCGAAGUAAAAUCAACAGCAGGUGACACUCACCUUGGAGGCGAGGAUUUUGACAGCCGAAUGGUAGAUCAUUUCAGUCAAGAAUUUGAACGGAAAUUUAAGAAAAAUAUUACUGGCAAUCCGAAAGCUCUUAGAAGACUGAGAACUGCAUGCGAAAGAGCUAAACGAACACUUUCUUCGAAUACAGAAGCUAGUAUAGAAAUAGACGCCCUGCAUGAAGGAAUAGAUUUCUAUUCCAAGCUAACUAGAGCUCGAUUUGAGGAAUUGUGUUCGGAUUUAUUUCGUCAAACGUUGGUUCCAGUUGAAAAUGCAUUGAAAGAUGCAAAGAUGAAUACACGAGAAAUAGACGAUGUCAUAUUGGUUGGGGGAUCUACUAGAGUACCGAAAAUACAAAGGCUUUUACAGGAAUUUUUCGGUGGAAAAACUCUCAACUUAUCCAUUAAUCCUGAUGAGGCGAUUGCUUACGGUGCUGCCGUACAAGCUGCUAUUAUUUCCGGAUCCCAAGAAGUUCGUCUCCAAGAUGUGCUGUUAGUUGACGUGGCUCCAUUGUCACUAGGCAUCGAAACUGCCGGAGGUGUUAUGACAAAAUUAAUAGAGAGAAACACUAGAAUACCAAUCGCUCAGAACAAAAUUUUCACAACUUAUUCUGAUAAUCAACCAGCUGUUACAAUUCAAAUUUAUGAAGGAGAGAGAGCUCUUACAAGAGACAACAAUUUAUUGGGCACAUUUAACCUUACUGGCAUACCGCCGGCACCAAGAGGAAUACCUCAAAUUGAAGUGUCAUUUGAUAUCGAUGCAAACGGUAUACUAAACGUAACCGCUGAAGAUAGAAGCACUGGUCGUUCUGAACGUAUAACCAUAUCUAAUGAUAAGGGGCGUCUCAGCAAGAAGGAAAUAGAGAAGAUGCUACAUGACGCUGAGGUGUACAAGGCAGAAGAUGAAGCUGUAAGAAAGACGGUAGAAGUAAGGAAUCAACUGGAGGGUUACAUUUUCGGAUGUAAAACGGCAGCAGAAAAUUCCGGCGGAAGACUUACCGAUAGUGAACGAACAACAGUGGUUACGGAAUGCACCAAUCAGUUGCAUUGGCUCGAGAGCAAUCCGAAUGCACCUACAUCACAAUUAGAGGAACAUUUGAAAGCAUUACAGGCGGUAUGUCAGCCAGCUAUGUUGAAAUUGCACGGAGCAGCCGCGGGUGCGGGCGUCGGCUUUGGCGUUCCCGGUGUACGGCCGAGCACGCCAGGUCGCAGCGGACCCACUAUUGAAGAACUUGAUUGAACUCGAUAGAUCUUGAUUAAAGAAAUCGAUUAUGGAACUCAAUUGCUUAAUUCGAUUGAAGAUUUAGGAACUCGAUUAGAAACGAUUAAAAUACUCGAAAAGGGUACUUGAGAGCUCAAUUUACUUUACUACGCAUUACGUUAAUAAAAAUUCUAAAAUUGGAA